UCUCUCAUCCUUACUCUCAGUCUGUCAGUCGCCACAGCAACGGCAGUCUUCUCUUCUCUGCUGUUCCUCUUCUCUUGCUCUCUGUGGAUUCAGGUCAGAUACAAAGAUGCACCGUCAAGGGGAUCCAUUAAAGCUGUGAACCGUCCAAAAUGAAGUGGAGCUUUCUUCCCGCUCUUGUGGAAAAUUACGGGCGGCUGCCCUUAUUUAUUACUCUUUUCCUACUAAUUUUGGCUGCAGAAACUUUGUCGUGUAAUUGCUUCCAGCAAGGGCUAACCACCCAUGAUCCCUUGCAGGGGUCAGGCCACAGAACAAAUCGAUGGAAAGAUAAAAUUAUGGAACAGAAGAAUAGCAAGGCAAAAAGUGGUUUAAAUGGAAUGAUUGGGUCUAAAACACGUCAAGAGACAGCCAGCCAACAGAGGGGUAGGCGACAAGCGCUGCGGCCUCUUCCACUAACAUCCUCUGCCCCACCCACAGCUCCUUGGGCCAUUGAUUGGGGACCUACCCAACUUCCAGAAGAUGACACAGGCGAUGUACCAGCAGAAAUGCGUCAUCGCCAGCAGAACCAACAGCUUCACCAUCCACAUUAUCGUCCACAUUUUCAUAACACGGCAACACCGCCUCAAGAUGACGCCUUGGGGCCCAAUGAAAGAGGCAGAGGAGGAGAAAGGGAGAAAAGUGGAGGACAUGGAGUAGUAACUUUGGUGACCGAGCUUUCUGAGAAGGAGACUGAAGCUGUAGAUCCACAAUUUUAUGUCACCAUAAUCAUUUCAACAUUGCUUGUGCUGAUUGCAGCCACUAUCACUGCCAAGCUCUGUUAUGAUCAUAGAGGAAAGAGGAGGGCACCCCUCUCCCACAGUCUCACUCUGUCUCGAACACUCAUUUCAGAGGAGAGUCGGCAGGCUCUUACCUCUGCAGGGGCCAUCCCUCGGACGCCUUCUCUUGAACCACAGACUCCUUCACCUUUAGAGGAGAAGCAAGGAGUCGAAGGCAGUCAGCUGUCAGCACUUCAUAGAGGAAGGAUUCCCUUAGUGAAUCUGUAAAACUGCAUCAGUAUUGACCCUCUGAUUACUCUUUACCUGUGACUCUUCUCGCCCAUUGUUUUUGUCUCUUUAAACACAAUUUUAAUUGUACAGUGUUCUUUCUUUUAAUUUGAGCCUGAAUUUCUUAAAAAAAACACUUCUUUGAAAUGGUGUUCUGACUUUGUAAACCUAUUUUUAUAAAUGCCUCAGUUUAUUUUUACUGUUUGUUUCUCUGUGUAAGCCUGCAUUUCACAUUGAGGUGAACUUUGUCUUUGACUGGUCUGUUUCGGUAAUGCUGUACAAAGCAACAAUGUCAACUGUAGACAAUAAAGUUGUCUUUAAAACUA